CCAUGCCUCCAUUUUUAAGAGAAGGAACACUGAGCUGAGGGUCAUUUGGGAAGCUUGUGGACUGGCAGCAAUGUACCCCCUGGCACUGCUCACCUGCGCAGUUGCUCUGAGCCACUGCACUCUGGCAGCAAAAGUCUGUUCCAGGCCCCCAGCAGUGCUGUUUGCCACCAUUAAUGUAGACAAAAGCGUGUAUGAAGUGGGUGAGGAGGUAGAAUACACCUGCAGGCCUGGGUUUGUGCCCAACAACGGGCAGAGGAAGUACGUCUGCCUCCCGACCGGCAAGUGGCCGCUCAACACCCUGCUCUGCCUGCCAAAGAGAUGUGCCACUCUUGGAAACUUGGAGCAUGGAAGAAUGAAUUUUACAGACCAUCACUAUCAGAGCUCUGUCAGCUUUUCAUGUGAACCAGGGUACAACCUGGUUGGGACAAGAACAAGCCAAUGCAUGGCAGAUGGGAAGUGGAGUGGGACUCUACCACAGUGUCAACCUGUGACCUGUGCACCUCCUCCAAUUCCUGAAUUCGGAGUCCUUUCUUACCGUCGCCUGAAGCCUGGGAAUGUUUCUCACUACCUGGACACGAUUACCUUUGAGUGUGUGCCCCCCAUGGCCCUGAUCGGGAACGAGACAGCUACCUGCAUGGCCAACGGGAACUGGAGCAGCAUUCCAGAGUGCAAGGUUGUCACCUGCCCCACUCCCACGGGAAUAGAACACGGCUUCCUGGAGCUGAUUGCCCGCAGAACUUACCACUACAACGAGAGCGUCAGCUUCGGCUGCGAGCCCCGGUACGUGCUGGAGGGGCCGAAGCACUCCCGCUGUGAGAAGACUGGAAACUGGUCCACAAAGCCAACCUGCAAAGAGCCAUGUGUGAUACCGGUGAAGAAAGCUGUAGUGUUGUACAACGGCGAGAAGAAAAGAGUUCAGAACGACCUGAAGGAGGGCAUUCAGCAUGGAGAAACUGUCUCCUUCUUCUGCAAGAACAAAGAAAAGUCCUGUGCCUAUACAGUAGCUGUGCCGUGUGUGGAUGGCAACCUCACUGUCCCUGCCUGUUUCAAAGCACGUGGCUUUUUUUCAACUCUUGUAAAGAAGGACCCAUCAGACAUGAAACCAUGUGAAGAUGAAGAAUGAACCAGAGCAGCAACACAGCACUGAACCUCUGCCUUACUGAGACAAAAUAUGAUGUAAAGAGAGAAAAACCUAAGUCCUGUCAGUGUGCAUUUCCAGGUGAACUCCAGACUCCCUGUGAAUGCAGCCUCAGCUGUUUUCCCAGCCACCAUCCCUUUCCCUACCAGCCUUUCCCAAGCUAUGAUACCAUUUCAGCCAUUAACUUUCAUUGCCUUUCCUCUGCCUUCUUCAGACUCCCUGCAAUACUGCUUCUCUUUCCACAUCCCCAACAUUUGUGCAACUGGAAUUGACUUUCUCAAUAGCAGUCCCUUUAAAAUAAAGCAAUUUUCAGCCA